AGACCAGACAGGUGUUCAUAUCAUAGGAGCAAAAACAUGUCUCAUCAAAGACGGCUAUUGGUCUCAGUAUUUAUACUACUUGUGCGACUAGUGGUCAAUCUCUAUACAUAUACAACACUACUCUACUAUUAUUUGACACAAAAGCCGUGGACUCGGCGCCGAAAAGCGGCUAAACUGAGGUCAAUAUUGGAGAAUCCGGGCGAUCCUAACAGCGCUUGGGUUAUAAACGAACAGACACUAAGCCAUCCGGUUAUGAGACCUACCGUUACCGAAGUUCUUAACGUUGUUGUCCAAUAUCAUGGACAGCACACACCUAUCCUCGGUUAUCGAGAAGUGUUAUCCUGUGAGGACUCGAUUGGUAGGGACGGUAAGGUCAAGCGUAUUGAUGGCCGAUCACUUAAAAAGUAUAAACUUAGCGAUUACAAAUGGUUGACAUAUGGACAGGUCGAUGUCAUCACCACUAAUCUGGCCAAAGGUUUACUGUCCAACGGUUGCUCUUUUGGCGACAAGAUAUUGAUAUUAUCCGAGACAAGGGUCGAGUGGUUUCUAAGCGCUCAGGCCGUCGCCAAAUUGGGUGGUACUGUAGUCACACUGUUCUCUAAUUUAGGCGAUGAGGGCAUCGUAUACGGUAUCAAUCAAACGGAAGUCAAAGUAAUGAUAGUGUCCAGCGAUCUAAUGCCAAAAAUACGGUCAUUAAUAGCUCGCAUACCUACUGUCGAGACUAUUGUCUACAUAAGCCACAGUUUUAUGUCGAAAGAUGACAUAAAAUUGUUUACCGACGGUUUUCCAACAAACAUACGACUCCAGUCGUUGGCCGACAUCGAAGCGGCCGGCACUACGGCACAGUCCGUCCAGUUUCAGGCACCGCGACCCGAAGAUCCCUAUAUCAUAAUGUAUACUUCUGGCACUACGGGUACACCAAAAGCAGCCAUUGCAACGCACCGGCAGAUGAUCAGCGGAUCUGCAAAUGCUAUACUUGUGUUGGUCAAGGAUAUGAUCAGUGAUAAUCGUAAUCAUACGUAUAUAGCUUUCCUACCACUGGCACAUGUAUUAGAACUAACCAUCGAGUUUUUUCUAUUUUAUGGUGGUGUCCGUAUAGGUUACGCCUCACCGUUCACACUUACCGAUUCGGCUCCCGGUCUAGCCGCUGGCCAAAAAUGUGACAUUAAACUACUAAAGCCGACAGCCAUGACUACUGUUCCUCUAGUGUUGGAUCGCAUUCUAAAGGAAGUGCACGACAAACUCAACGCCCGGACUCCGGUUUCAGUGGACUUUUUUAAAUACAUAAUGAGCUACAAGGCUCAGUGGGUACAACGUGGUUACCAGUGCCCGAUAGUCAACAAACUAGUUUGUAAUAAAGUCCAACAACAGUUGGGUGGGCGCCUCCAUAUUAUGAUUGUCGGCGGCGCUCCGCUCAAUGCCAACACUCAAGCUGUGAUCAAAUCGGCAUUAGAUGUCAUACUAGUUCAAGGUUACGGUGCCACUGAAACAAUGGGAGCCGUUUUAUGUAUGGACUUUAAUGAUUUAUCAUUUGGACGGGUAGGCGCACCAUUGCAGGGCAUCAAAGUCAAACUCAUUGACUGGGAUGAGGGUGGUUAUCACCGAUCGGACAAACCUAACCCAAGAGGUGAGAUAGUUAUCGGUGGCGACUCAGUAGUCACGGGCUACUAUCAGGCGCCGGAUCAGACAGAAGAAGCCUUCCGGAUGGACGACUCUGGUGUCCAAUGGUUUUAUACGGGAGAUAUCGGCGAAAUGUUUCCCGACGGUACCUUCAAAAUCAUUGAUCGCCGCAAAGAUUUACUAAAACUACAAAAUGGUGAAUAUGUGUCACUCGGAAAAAUUGAAGCCUUAAUGAAGUCGUGUCCAUACGUGGACAACAUAUGUGUGUGCGGCGGCACCUACAGCAACGAUCUGACCGCACUGGUCAGUCCUAACCAGAAAAAUCUACUCAAACUGUGCCAAGAGAUGGGCAUCCGUGACGCCCACAUUCAUGACAUCUGUGCCAACCAUGAGAUAACCAAACGGGUCUAUCAAUCGAUUGUCAGUACAGGACAGUCGGCCGGUAUCUCCAAAAAAGAGAUACCCAUACGUAUAUGUCUGGUGCCGGACGAGUGGACACCCGAUAACGAUAUGCUGACCGCAGCCAUGAAAAUGAGGAGAAAAAAUGUUGAACAGAAAUAUAGGAAAGAGAUCGACGCCCUCUUCAAUGAUGACAUCAUUAACAACAACAACAAUAUUAGUAAAAUUAUUAAAAAUAGUAAUAAUAAUAAUAAUGACAGCAAUAUUAGUAAUAAAAAUGUUAACAAAAAUCACAUCAAACUUGAAAACAGGGUUUAAUAACUA